CAAAAUAAAGAAAAAUCUGCAUUUUCCCUUCCUGUCUACCAAGCCAGAUCCCUAUUUCAACCCUGCGUACUUCAAAUCCUAACCCUUAAAUCCCCAAAUUCCCCAUCAUCGCGAACGCAAUCAAACUUCAACAAUGAAGAAGACGUCGUCACUUUCGGAACUCGGCCUCGCGGCCGAUGCCUCCGGCUUGAUUUCCGACACUUUCCAUCCGCCGCACCGCCUUCCCCCUCUUCCACGCACUAAGGUGUCAGUGAUCGGCGCCGGCAACGUUGGACAGAUGGCGAUGCGCGCAGUACGAUCUCUCCACACGCAAGACCUGCCUCGUGAUCUCCCUGUUGACGCGAAGGCUGAUAAGCUCCGUCGAGAGCUGAGACUCGCUCUCCUCGUCAGCGCCGCCGCUUUCCUCCCCGUACCCACAUUAAGCAUCUACGGACUAGCCAUCACUGCGCGUUCCGAUCUCUGCAUCGUGACCGCCGGCGCCCGCCAGAUCGUCGGCGAGUCUCGCCUCGAUCUGGUUCAGCGUAACUUAACGCUAUUCCGGGAGAUCAUUCCGCCGCUGGCACAGUACUCGCCGGACUGCAUCAUCCUCGUCGUCUCAAAUCCGGUAGAUGUGCUCACCUACAUUGCUUGGAAGCUCUCUGGUUUCCCAUCCAAUAGGGUUAUUGGCUCCGGGACUAAUCUCGAUUCAUCGCGUUUCCGAUUCCUCCUUGCUGAGCAUUUGGAGGUCAAUGCUCAGGAUGUCCAGGCUUACAUGGUAGGAGAACAUGGUGACAGUUCAGUAGCUCUAUGGUCAGGCAUAACUGUGGGCGGCGUCCCUCUCCUAUCCUCAUUGGAAAAACAGCAAAUUGCUUAUGAGCAAGAAGUUCUGGAACGCAUUCGCCAAGCGGUCGUCAACAGCGCCUACGAAGUAAUUCGCCUCAAAGGCUACACUUCCUGGGCCAUAGGCUACUCCGUCGCCAGCCUCGCCCGCUCCAUCCUCCGCGACCAGCGCCGCAUUCACCCGGUCUCCAUCCUCGCCCGCGAUCUUCUCGACGGCGUCCCGAAGGGGCGGGAGGUUUUUCUCAGCCUUCCAGCUCUGCUGGGCAGGUCAGGUGUUGUUGGAGUUACUUCUGUUCAUCUUACUGAUGAGGAGGCUGUUCGGCUUUCCACAUCUGCUAACACUCUGUGGGAGAUCCAGCAGCAGCUUGGCCUUUGAAGAGAUUAUUUACUAUGUUAUAUGCAUUGAGGUAUGAUUUUGGUUUUAUUUAUCUGAUCAUAUGUGCUCUGUUAUUGUUAAAAUUAUUUUGUGUGGAUAAGGACAUCAUCCGGAGGCGAAUCAGAACGCGUUACUUUACUUUUUUAUUGUGUACUGUUGUGUACUGAGUGAUAUGGCGUGUUCUGAUUCGCCUCCAAACGGUCCUGUAUACGCACAGAAUAAUUUCUCAUGUUAUUGAGUUAUAUUGAUUAAGAGAUAUUUUAAUUAUUUCUUGCUUAUGUGUUUUUGUUGUAAGCAACUGGAUUUAGUGGAAGAUGUAUCAAUGUUGUUUUUGGAUUAUGUAUGUAACGUGUGGAUGAGUUGUUUACAAAAUAAGUAUUCUCCUUUGACCUAUCUAUGUUUUUCAAUUUUGAAUUCAAAUAUUAAA